UGGGGAAAAAACUUGUAGAUUUUAUGAAAAUAUUUAGAUUAGUUUCCUAGAACUCACCUGUUUUGUGUUUUUCAGUAAAUCCUGGUUAUUAACCUCCUGUGGGGCAGCAGCCGGUCGUCCCCAGCCUCUGGAAACCAUGAAGCGUCCUCGUGAGGACAGCAGCUGUGGGGACAGUGAGCUGGACGACAGAGAGAAGCUGUCUUCAGAAUGUGGAUCUCUGACUUCAACCACUCAGGUGAUGGCCAGGAAAAAACGCAGAGGGAUAAUAGAGAAGAGACGCAGAGAUCGGAUCAACAACAGUCUGUCAGAGCUGCACAGACUGGUCCCAGCAGCUGCGGAGAAGCAGGGUUCAGCUAAACUGGAAAAAGCCGAAAUCCUUCAGAUGACUGUGGACCACCUGAAGAUGUUGCAGAUCACGGGAGGGCAAG